AUGAAGAAGCUUGUACCGUUUAAAUUGUUUGGCUGUAAUAACCGGCUCACCUCGUUUCGUCGAGUGUCUUGCUCGUUGAAUGCAGGACGUCUCGUUGCCUGCUCCCAUGCAAGUUCUUUCACUCGGCAAAACCCAUGUGUCCUUCAUAUGGGCUCUUCCACAUUUCAUCACCAAGCUACAGUACCUCGCUUGUCUGCGGUGCACCCACCGCAGUACCAAUGCAGCGAGUGUGGCAAGUCGUUCCGCCUUCUCAAUGCUCUUAAUCACCACAUUCUAACAAAGCAUGCCGGCCAGGCGAAAGCAUUGGUCAAUCGAGACGGCAAAGUCGAAGAAGUCGCAGUCACUCCACCUGCUACACAAGGGUCUCCUUCAUCAACGACAGUGGGCACAGUGCCACAGCCAUCGCAUCUCACCAUGCCUAUGACUGGAAGUGGGGACGCGCCAGGUGGUUUCCCCGGCUUUUUUGCUGCCCCACUGGGUGGUUCCACAUUUCAACAACCGGCGGUAACAGCAUCAGCUGUUCCAUCAUCUUCACAGCUGAAUGAGGUCAAGGCGGCUCAUAAAACGGAACCGAGUGCACUAAGUGACACCUCAGAUGACGAUGCUGAUAAGCGUCGGUUUGUGUGUACUAUCUGCCAGAAGACCUUCCGUCUUGAAGCCGCACUCCAGCACCACUACCAGGCAAAGCAUAAUAUGGAGAUGCCUUUGUCCACUUCUGGGACCGCUUCCAGCUCUAGUGCCUCUGGGGAAUCGAAUGCGCACCCAGUGCCAGAUGCAGCUUCUGUCACCAGCGCUGUGGAGGAUGCAGAGAAGGCUUCCGGCAAUUUUCAGCAGUACGUGAGGCAGCAGGACGGGGCUCUCCCGCAGGCUCCGCAGUACCACCUUGAUGUGGCACCGGACGCUCCGGAGGAAGGCGAUGUCGCGGUUCACUGGCGCUGUGUUAACCACUGCGUGCUGAUGGGGACGGUGCAAGAGAUCCAAGAGGGGUACGUUUUUGAGGAUCACGUGCUGCAGUUCACAUUAGUGACUGACUUUGCGGGCCCCGCGCUCGGGGACCCAGACAAGGAUUUUCACACCGUUCGCGUCUACGGCAAUGCGUUCUGGAAGCCUUUUAGGGAGCAGCUUGAAGAGGGAGAUCAUUGCAUGGUGACGGGCCGGUUGCGCAUGGUCCCACAGUUCGAUGCCAGUAUGAAGAAAUACUACCAUUAUCCCAUACUUCAGGUUGAGCAAGGAACAGGUUGCAUGAUGAAGUUGUGA